UUUUUUUCUUGACACAAUGGGUGGCGGCGCUCGCUUUGAAUUCCCUCGCUACGUCUGGUCCCCGACCGGCGGCUGGUGGCCAGAGCCCAAGAUGUGGAAGCGCAACACGCUCCUCGCAGGCGCAUUCAUUGUCGCCGCAUGCAUCCCCGUCUACAACCUGUCCAAGCGACUCGAGGUCCGACCAGAGAAGCUGCCCGUCAUUCCUGCUCAUCUCAUGCCACCACCUGGCGCUGCUGAUGGAUCACACCACUAAAAAAUACAAAAUUGCUGCUUGUCCCCGAACGAGUUUCAACGUUGUUGGUUGUGUGUUUUGUUUUGUUUCUACUCAACAAAGCAUAUACAUGUACUUUACGAGUG